AUGGCGACCGCAAGACGCUUGGCCUACACCUCGAAGAAUUUGGUCUGGUCUAUUACUGGCAUGGAGGGUGAGAUCCUAAUGAAUCGUUUUAAUAAGCGCAGAGAACCCUCCUCAUUUGAGGCCCUCGACGAGCCCUGCCCUGUGAACGAGUUCAAUUUCACAAAAUUGAAGUCCUCAGAGAAACUCUUUCAGAUAAGCUUCCAGGAAUUGGGUACCUGUUACGGCCUUGUUGUUGCGAACGCAAGCCCCUUCAUGCUCGGCCACUCACUCAUCGUCCCUAAUCCUGAGGAUCUACUAAACCAACCCACCCGAAAAAAAUCCUCCCUCCCCUUCUACGAUGAACUUGAUUCGCAUCCUGUGGACAAUUUCGUCUUUGAGUUUCGUACGCUGGACGAACUUCAAAUGUCAUUUGGAAGGCUUUGGGACCUCGUGGAGCGGUGCCAGGAGAUGAAGAUAGCUCACAACCUCUUUGCAGCGCGUAACGCCACGGGUGCACUGCGGGUGGUGGUGUGGCCGCGACGGUCAGUGUACGGAGCCAAAGCCUGCCAGCACCACCCCGUUAAGUCGGAUGAGUGCGUUUUCAACGUCGCGGUGGCUGAAUUGGCUGGCAUGUUCGUAGUCCCCGAUGAAGCGACAGCUCACCCACUUUCCCUACCUAGCGGUCUCCAUGAGGUCUACAUCAGCGCAAGACUCGAUCGCCAGGAAAUAACGCAGCUGGAGACCCUGCUACUCCCUCAAAUCAAUUCAAUGCCCUUGCAACGAGUUCCCCACCGCGACGGGGUCGUGGCUUGUGCAGGGUUCCGCCGUUGGUGCGUCUUUUACGCGCGCACAGGCUUUGACAGGUCUGACGUUCCCAGCUUGAAUGUCGGUACGCAUAUUAGAGGGUGA